AAAAAAUUUCACUGGAGUUGGAAACGGGAGCGGCGCACGGAAGACGUCAAGUAUAUAUCAAGUAUAAGAAGAAGCCGUGGGGGUGAGUUUAUCGGGGACAUCUGUGCCGCGGAUGCGAAGCGAAGAGCUCGAGGCAAAGAGGCAGGAGAAUGGCAGACAAUCGUAAGAAACUUGUCGUGGUGGGGGACGGCGCAUGUGGGAAGACAUGUCUGCUGAUCCUGUUCAGCAAAGACGAGUUCCCCGAGGUGUACGUCCCCACCGUGUUUGAGACGUACGUGGCGGACAUAGAGGUGGAAAACAAGCAGGUCCAGCUCGCCCUGUGGGACACGGCCGGGCAGGAGGACUACGACCGGCUGCGCCCACUCUCCUAUCCAGACACCGAUGUCAUUCUGAUGUGCUUCUCCGUGGACAGCCCGGACUCGUUGGAAAACAUCCCCGAAAAGUGGGUCCCCGAGGUGAAGCACUUUUGUCCCAACGUGCCCAUCAUACUGGUGGCCAACAAGAAGGAUCUGCGCAACGACGAGAACGUAAAGAACGAGCUGUCCCGGCUGAAGCUGGAGCCCGUGAAGACGGAGGACGGCCGGGCCAUGGCCAUGCGCAUUGGCGCAUAUGACUAUUUGGAGUGCUCUGCCAAAACCAAGGAGGGGAUCUGGGAGGUAUUCGAAACUGCAACACGGGCAGCCUUACAGAAACGGAAAACGCCAUCAGGAAGCUGUCUCAAAUGUUGUGUUUUGAUGUGAAUUGACGCUUUUUUAUUCUGGAGAGCGAUGACGCGCAGACCAGACGGGACGAGACGUUCGGGACCCGUGUCUGAACAUGUCCGGGGCAGUGACCACGGUUUGGGAUACUCCCUUGGAAAAAAAAAAAGAAGAACCUAAAAAAAAAAAAAAAUCACACGACCUUGCUUGAACCAUGACUGCAAACAAGUUGUUUUAAAACACACUGGCAACCAUCUGAUAUCGAUGUGUGUGUGUUUUUGUGUGGUUACAGCAUGUUGUCUGAGGGUCACACCACAUGAUCCCAAUCUGACAGGUGGAGGGGUACAAAACAAAAAAAGGACAAUGGCCCCUUCUGACUUGGACAUGACUUUAUCCCAAGGUCUGCUUUCGAGCCAAGAUUUUAAUUGCUCACUUUUUUCUGUGUUUCAAAGUGUUUGCAUAGGCCACUGCCUCACUGCCAAGUUUAAACAAAGCAGUAAAAAAAAGAAAAUAAUAAUUGCACUGGUUAUUUAAGUCCACUUUGUUUAGUAAGAUGACUGUAUUUAAUUUGGCAAAUUGCACAGCACCUGAGCACUACAGCAAUUCACAGGCAGUUUUUUUAUUUCAAUAGAAAUGACAAGUUAGUGCAAGGACGCACAUGGUGUUCACUGUACAGUUUAGUUUGUUCUGAUGUUUUACGCCAUUUUGAAUAAAGACACAGCUUAAGUUUACAGUUGAGGACAUCAGUUGUCUCAGGAUUGUUAGUCAGUACCAUAUCCAAGAAAGUUGUUGAGUAGUAUUCACGCAGCAGGACAAAUACCAUUUAAGGGUCUGAGGGGCUACACGUUGGCCAGUCUUGAAAAGGGCUAACCACAUUGUCCAGUGUACUUUUGCACGUUUACAGCUACCGCAAAGUAUCCUUUUUAACGGUGCAAUAUGUAAGAAUCGGCCACCUCUUCAACUGAUAUGCCAAACAAGCUCAGCUCAGUUAGCUGUGCAGCUAGUGGUCCAGACUGGGGUUGUUAUUGCGAGAAAGGGAGAGGCUGUGGUUAAUUGGUUAGCAUGCUAACUUCAGUGGAUACAAAAAGGUCUUUAGAAUUUCCCUUAUUUUUUGUGUGUUUUAAACUGAAGUUCUUACAUACUGCACCUUUAGAUUUUGCUAAGCACGCUUCUACCCCAAAUGUCACGCUUGCUAACGGCUACAGUGGCACAUUCAUGAGAAAGGAGUAUUUUAAACAUGAAUUUCUUUUAUGAAAUAAUGAAGGAGAAAGCCUGCAGCUUGUAAAUAUUACAGUCAGCAGAGGAAGGGAUAUGUUUUUCCUUUACAGAUCACCUUUAAUCUAAUCAUUUGACGCACAUAACAGCAUCUCACCAUGUUUUUUCUAAUCUCUUGACAACUACAUCUAGUUUUCUCUGAGGCGAAGACUUAGGAGACGUGCUUGGCAUUCUCUCUUUAGCUGCUGGUUCAUUUCCCAUUAAGCGGUCGAUAUUUCAACAAGAGGACUCUUUUCAUACAAAGUGUCACAUAAAGAAGAGUGGGCUUGCACACUCAUUUUGGGAUGAAGCCAUCUGAUGGCAAUUGAACACUUCAACUGUAUUAAAUGUUUUGUUUUUAAAACCACACUCUUAAACAAGAGUAGGGUAUUCCUUUGACUAAAAUACUUGAUGAAAUGUCUAAUGUGUUAAAGGUUUUUCACAGCAGUAAAACUCAAUUGUUCUUGAUUGAGAGAUGAAAAAUACACUCAAUGUCUUCCAUUUUGACUGUGAAUGUACUUCUAUUUGGUCAAAAAACAUUGUUGGAGCUUUGAAGUUAGCAACAGAAAGCAAUGUAUUUAAGUUUGAUUUUUCUCAGCUCAUGUCUGAUCUGUGUCUACACAGAAGUGUUGUGUUACCGCCCUCUCACACAAUGGUGGGAGAGCUUGUUCAAAUGACAGCUAUGAACAUCGAUUACAGAGACUGUUGCUACACUGGGAUUCCAGGGGAAAACCGGUUUUUGGAUUCACUCUGCUAGUUGUUCUUUUAGAGGAAAAAGCUACAUUUGCUUGAAAUGUCUCUCUGGUUCAGUAAGUAACCAUAUAGUGGAGAUAAAUCAGCGUUUAAAAGAGUAUCUUUUCUAAAUCCAACCAGAGUUAGAGUGGUGUAAAAGUCACAUUCCUCCAUGCCUCCUGUUGCUGGGCUUUUUGCUGACUUACAGGACAGGAAUGCAUUGUGCUGGACUGGUUAAUUUUCCCACACUGGCCCCCCUCAUGUGCCUCUGAUUUCCAGUGUUGUUAGGUUAUUAUUCAAUGGUCAGAUAAAGCAGUUUUCCUCCUUUUCUUUAUUUGGCUUUUUUAAUGGAAAAUAUGAGAGAAACAUGCUGAAAAUGUGCCAAAUGUGUUUGUUUUGUAAGAGUUCAUCAAAUUAUGACUAUGUUAAUGUGAUGACAUAAUUUCAAGGCUUGAAUGGGAGAUUCAGGAACAGUGGAAAUUUGUGUGAGGCAAAACAAUACAGAAUGUAAGGGAACAAGUGGUACUGUUUUGAGAAAGUCAAUAAAAGAAUCAAUGUGUCACCACCUCUA